AGAAUCAGGCAACAAACGACCUACCAUCCAUCUUUCCACGCGAUCGACGUCGACUUCAUCAUCUCACCAUCCAUCAAUGGCUCGCCGCGGCGGUUUCUUCGGGUAUGACCCGUAUGACUACUACUACCCGACCUCCUACGGCUACGACGCCUACCCGUACUAUAGCCCCGCCGCUGCCGAUCCCUUCUUCAUGGACGCCGAGCCUCUCGUCACGGAGCGGCUGCGCCCCGCCCGCCGGAGGGCCCCGGCGCGGCACGACGGCGGCUUCUUCCCUGGCUUCGGCGCCGCCGAGCCGGCCGCGCGGACCAUGGAGCGUCCCAGGCCCAGCAGCGGGUCCCCGAAGAGCAGCCCGGACUGCUUUGAGGUGGAGGUCACGGGGCCCGAGCCCGACUCGCCGCCUGCGGUGCCGAGGAACCCGGCGCCGUCGGCGGAGGAGGCCGCGGUGAGGGUGCAGGCGGCGGCGCGUGGGCUGCUUGCUCGCCGCAUGGUGCGGGAGGUGCGCGCGGUGGAGCGGCAGGCGGAGGCCGUGGCCGCGAGGUUGUCGGCCGAGGCGGAGGCGCUGCGCGCGGACGCCCGUGCGCGGAUCGGCCUCGGGGAGGAGCUCAUGCGGCUGCUGCUGCGUCUCGACGGCGUGCACGGCGCCCGGGAGUACCGCAGGAGGGUCACUCGGCGUGUGCUCGCGCUCCAGGACGCCGUUGACGCGCUAGAGGCCAUGUCGGCGGUGGUGACCGCCAAUGCGCCGGAAGUUCAGGAUGCAGCGGACGAAGCAGAGGAUGGGAUAGAAUCAGAGUUGGAGCUGCUGGUUGAGGACAACACUGUGGUGGAUUCUCCGGGUGCCGAGACAACCGACAUGGCGGCGAUGGAGGUUGACGCGGCGAGUCCCGUCGUCGUCGACGAGGACAACCAGACUGAGACCAAACUGGUGGCGGAAGUGGAGAAGGCCUCAGAGGCGGAGGGCGAGUGGGAGAUGGUGGCCACGGGGGACGGCGACGUCUCCACCGGCGAGGAGGACCAUGCACCACCCAAGGCAUUGCAGCAGCAAGAACCAGCAGGAGAGGAGAAGAAGACUGUGACCACCGACGGGUUGGACGCGAAGAAAUUCAUGGAGAUGGUGGCGGCGUUGUGCGAGCGGAGCGCGCAGCAGUGCGCUCUGAUCGGGGCCCUGGCCGAGCGGGUCGACACGCUGGAACACGCCGUCCGGCGGGUGGAGGAGGCCGACCGGCGCCGCCGGAGGAACAAGAAGACCAAAAAGGACAGCAAGAAGAACACAAAUAGCUUCUACAGCGACUAGUAGAUGAUAAAUAGAUCCAAUUGUGUGAUUUUGCAAUCUUGGAUUGUGGAGCAAUCUGUAUUCGAUUGAUUUUUUCUUGCGUUUUAGUUAAUCUU